AUGUUAAAUUGGAAGAAUCUUGGCCUUCCAGCGGAUCAGUUAUCAUUGGAAAAUGCAGUGGUUCUCCUCAACUCAACUCAAACACCACUUGUCGUCGAUCCAACUGGAAGAGUGGCCAGAUUCUUGGAAAAAAGUCUGCCGAAUGCGACUCAAUUACGAGCCGGACAAAGUGAUCUCUUCACACAGAUCGAGUUAGGGAUUCGUUUCGGGAAAACGCUGAUCGUUGAUGAUGUGACCGAGAUUGAUGCAGUGUUGUAUCCAUUGCUGAGAAAAGAUCUCUCUCCACAAGGACCCAGACAGGUGGUUAUCUUCUGUGACAAAUCCCUUGACUAUCACGUCGAUUUCCGUCUCAUUUUGUGCUCAAAGAACGAACGAGUCGAGCUAUCGGCUACAGAAGCGGCCGCUUUACAACAAAUUUCAUUCAUAACGACGAGAAGCGGAUUGUCCGCACAGCUACUUGGUCUCGCCAUUCAACUGGAGCGUCCGGAGUUGGAGGAGAAAUCCUCAGAGUUGACGAGAAACGCUGAAACGAUGAGAAUACAAUUGGAAGCAUUAGAGCACACACUGUUACAGGAAUUGGCCUCAUCGGAGGGGAAUCUCUUGGAGAACACGGCUUUAUUGGACUCACUGAAUAAAUCAAAGGAAAACGCGCGCACCGUUAGUGAAAGUAUUGAAGAAAGUGAGCGGUUGAGGAAAGAAUUGCAACAGCAACGUGAAGGCUAUCUGCCCGUCUCCGAGUUCGCCUCAUCACUUUUCUUUGGUUUCUCCAAUUUGCAUAUCAUUAAUCACAUGUACAAUUACAAUGUGAACACGAUUUUGCGAUUGUUUGAGGGAACAGUGAGAAAAUGCAAAGACAAAUCAUCAAGCCGUUUGGACGCGUUGAGAAGAGAGCUACAGAUCACAGUCUUCCAUCAUGUCGCCCGCGGUCUCUUCAAAGCUGAUCGUCUCCUUUUCGCUCUUCAAUUCAUCCAUCACACUCAACCAAAACUUUUUCAGCCAAAUGAAUGGGAACUUUUCUCGGGAACUCUUUUGAUUGAAGCGAGAGAAGCCGGGUAUUCGAAUGAUUCGAUUACGUGGAUUGACGAAGAACAAAGAACGGCUGUGGCUAGGUUACAGACGUCCCUUCCCUCACUCUACAACACACUGAAAUUAUCCGAUGUGGGCACUUGGGCAGAAUUCGCGCGAACAGCCGACGCUGAGACGGCAAUCCCGCAAGCGAUUGGCACAAAGAUUACGCCAUUUCAAAAAGUACUUUUGAUUCAAGUGACGCGCCCGAGUCGUCUCUACGCUUGUUUGCAGAGUUUUUGUCAGUCCACUCUGUCUUUAUCGGAUUUAAACCCGCCACCCUUUGAUCUACGAGAUGUUUUCGAGGACUCGAACAACGAGAAUCCGAUUCUUUUAUUGAUUGCUGGUGGCGCUGAUCCGUCACAGGAGUUAGAAGAGUUGGCGAAGAAAACGGUGGGGCCGGAUCGUUUCCAUUCGAUCGCAAUGGGACAAGGACAAGAAGAAACAGCUGUUAGAGCACUCAAGAAAUGUGCCUCGGAGGGCGGCUGGUUGUACUUGCAAAAUAUCCAUCUCAUGCUCUCAUCAAUUCCAAUCAUACAAAAAGAACUUGGCAUUGAAAAGCACGAGAGUUUCCGACUGUGGAUGACAGCCGAAUCGGAUGAAAGAUUUCCCUCAACGAUCCUUCAAGAUUCCCUGAAAAUCACAUUUGAAGCGCCGCCGGGGAUCAGGAAUAAUUUGUUGAGAUCACUAACGCAAGUCGAGGAGAAACAACGAUCCCCAGUGUGCUCCCAGGCGAUUUUCGUGGCCGCUUGGCUUCACGCACUCCUACAAGAAAGGAGAACCUACAUUCCACAGGCAUGGACGAAAUUCUACGAAUUCUCGUCAGCGGAUUUCCGUGUGGCCACGACGGUCGUUGAAGCGAUGACAAACAAUCGAACUCCUGAAUGGGAAUUUGUUCGCGGAACUCUUCAAGAAGUGAUCUACGGUGGACGAAUCGAGAGUCCAUUCGAUAUGCAGAUCCUUUCCGCUUAUUUAAUCACAUUGAUUAAUGGAGAGAGAAUCAGCGGAAAAGAGGGACAAUUGACUACUGGAGUCACGCUACCGGCCAUCGAAAAGUUACAGGACUGGCUACAUUUCACCACGCAAUCCAUUCCUGCAUCCGAUCUUCCAUCCCUUUUCGGUCUUCCAUCAAAUAUCGGUUUUUCUUGGCAACUUUCCGAGGGAAAUCUCACCGUUCAACGCUUGAGAAUUGCUGGUUCAUCAGCGACAGUUUUAGAUCGAAAGGAGUGGGCCGACGCGGCACAACCGAUUCUCUCGUUGUGGAAAAAGUUGUGCUCGGCAGACGAUUUCCACUCUCGCCCCAUUCCGCAAAUAACUGAAAGCCAAGAUCCGCUUGAAGAAGUGCUACAAUUGGAGUUCGUUCACUGCAUUAGAACGGUGCAAUCCCUUCACACAGCUUUGACUUCACUCUCGAAAGUGAUUCGUGGAGUCUCGUUGCCCGAUUCAUCGACAAAAGGAAUGGCUUUGGCGUUGUGUCGCCGAGAGACACCCGAUUUGUGGAUCGAUUUUUGGGCCGGCCCAAGGGAUCCAGCCGACUAUUUGACAGCUCUUGUCUAUCGAGCGAAAUCCACGGAAACGCUGAUGAAAGAGAGCAAAGGAGGAGAGCUUUUAUCGAGACCGGUCGAUCUCUCACAAGUACUUCGACCGACAGCUUUGCUCACCGCGUUGAGACAAAAAACGGCGAGGGUUAGAAAGAUCCCGAUGGACGAGUUGGUGCUGCGGAGCGCGUGGAACGCUCAACUCCUUCAAGAUCACUUGAGCAUCACCGUGAAAGGCCUACUUUUACAAGGAGCUGUGUUCGAUUCUGUUCUCAAAGAGGUCUCCGCCUCGUCAGCUCCAUAUAUCUCAGCUCCAGCACUGACCCUAGCCUGGACCCCGAUGAGCUCUUCCUUUGUCUACUCGACGGCCGAAUCAGUUUUUGUGCCACUUUACACGGAUGCCGAACGAGAAACCCAUAUCGCGUCAAUUCAAAUGCCCUGCGGACGGGACACAAACAAAUGGAAUAUUGCAUCAAUCGCACUUUUCUUGAAA